AAAAUUUUUGCAUUACCUCAUUUCCGUUCUAGAAUGUUAUGUGUGUGUGUAUUUUAGUUCGCAGGAUUGUGUCUAAUUCACGAGUAGUUGCGAUUUGCCCGCAUUGAUGUAAAAUAUACCAAGUGUGAUAAGGGAAUAAUUACACAGCAAGUAUCAGUCACUGCGCUGAAGUUGAUAGUUUGAUGUUUUUCAAACAGUCUGCAAGCUCAUCAUAAUACAUUCAGAUGUUGGCGAAGUGUUCAAAGAGUUGAAUUCAGUUCAAGGUCCUCCUUAACGCCACAUCGUAAGCAAAUUGUACCAAUUUUCUUCUCUCUGGAGCAUAUCUGUUGGCACUCUUGCAGCAAGUUACGAAACGUGGCUCGGAGAACUGAUUCGGCAUAAAACGUGAACCGGCCUUCACUAAACCGUCAAGAUGUCGCUCAGUACAAGUGCUAAUUUCAUCAAGUAUCUCCUAUUUCUGUUCAACUUCUUAUUCGUGAUCACCGGCAUCACGAUUAUGGCCGUUGGACUGACCGUCCAAGGAGCGUACCACAACUUCCGGGAAAUCCUGGACCCCCAGUUCUUCAGCGUACCCACGUUCCUGGUGGUGAUCGGUAGCUUCAUCUUUGUGAUCGCAUUCUUCGGAUGCUGUGGAGCGUACAAGGAGAACUACUGCAUGACGUUGACCUUCUCGAUCCUGCUGAUUCUGAUCUUCAUUCUGGAACUGGCGGCCGGUAUCAGUGGCUAUGUUCUGCGAAACGAAACCUACAAUCUGCUAACGUCUACGAUGCAAAGUUCAAUGAAGCAGUACGGCGGAGCCACCAACAAGGAGGUUACGAUCAUUUGGGAUGAGAUCCAGGUUGAUUCCUCGCGGGAAUCGACCUUCAACCACCAAUCCCGGGUCACCACCACCGAAUACAACAGUUCGACUGCUGCGGCUGCGGCGUCCAGCUCGCCCGGCGCCAUCGGAAUGGUCACCUGCCCGGACAUGCCGGACAAGAAAACGCUGCGCCAAACCGGCUGCAUCACCUCGUUCGGCGCGUUCAUCAAAUCGCACGCCGUCAGCCUAGGAGCGGCCGGAAUCGUGCUGGCCGUGAUACAGUUCUUUGGAAUCUUCUUCGCUUGCUAUCUGGCAAAACAGAUCAAGAUGCAGAGUGGACACACAGGAUUUUAAGAACUUCUUGAGUGUGACUUUAAAAAAUAAUGUUUUAUGUGAAAAGUUUAAAAUAUUGUGACAUGAAAUAAAAACAUCCUUUGUAGCUACAUAUUAACAAGA